AUUGGCCGUCACGUUGGGACGAGCAUCUCAGUCUCCCGGGAUGGAGGACGGAUUGUCAUCUGCUCCCAGGCUCGUCCUCCGGGCCUCGGGAGCGAACCCAAGGAAGGAGAUGUGACUUCCACCGCCCUGCCAGCAUUUUUGGCCUCUCAGGUCUAAACGACACUUGAUCCAUCACUUUACAGUCCAAACUGCUCAGCCUUUACCAAGGGAUCAGGAGGUCAAAUGGAGACCUCGCCUAUCAGCCCAGUGAAAGCGAAGGACAGCGCUCAACCACAGCAGCGGGAAGAGACCCUGCAAAACCUAGGUGCAGCCAUUUCGGAUCUUUGGUACUGCCCCGAUGGCAGCUUUGUAAAAAAGAUCACAGUCCGUGGCCAUGGCUUAGACAAACCCAAGCUCGGCUCCCAGUGCCGAGUGUUGGCUUUGGGGUUUCCGUUUGGCUCUGGGAUGCCAGAAGGCGGGGCAGAGCUAACCAUAGGCACAGGGCAAUGGAGGGAAAAAAUGUGGGGGGAACUCACAGAAAAAUGCCUGGAGUCCAUGUGUCAAGGCGAGGAAGCAGAGAUUCAUCUUCCGGGAUGCUCUGGACCUCUUGCCAGGCUCAGACUGGAUUCCUUCACUCAGGGCCGGGACUCGUGGGAGCUGGAGGCUAUGGAGAAGAAGACCCUAGCCAGCGAAGAACACGCAAGGGGUACCGAACUGUUUCGAGCUGGGAACCCUCAGGGGGCUGCCCGAUGCUAUGGGCGGGCUCUCCGAAUGCUGCUGACCUUGCCCCCACCCGGCCCCCCAGAACAAACUAUCCUUUAUUCCAACCUGGCAGCCUGCCAGUUGUUGCUAGGACAGCCCCAGUUGGCGGCCCAGAGCUGUGACCGAGUGCUGGAGCGGGAGCCGGGCCAUUUAAAGGCCUUAUACCGGAGAGGCGUUGCCCAGGCUGCCCUUGGGAACUUGGAAAAAGCAACUGCUGACCUCAAGAAAGUUCUAGCAGCAGAUCCCAAAAACCGCGCAGCCCAGGAGGAGUUGGGGAAGGUGGUCGUUCAGGCAAAGAAACAGGAUGCAGGGCUGGCUCGGGGCCUGCGCAAGAUGUUUAGCUGAUUAAAAGUUAAGCUUUAAAGGAGACGGGAACCUGUGACUUGUGUUCUGUGUUGUGUGGUUUGUAAGGGCCCCCGAGGGGUUUCAGCUUAUAUCCUAUUCUCACCUAUGGGGAGUUAGCGAAGGUGUCAGCGAGGCGCUUGGUGGAGUGCGA